AUGUCAGUAUCUUAUGAAACUUUUUUAAACAAGGAUCCACUUGAUAAAUACGAGGAUUCUGAAAUCUAUACUAAAGAAUGGUUACCUAAAGUUGAAAAAUAUAGACAAGAUUUAAAAGAUGCUAUUCCUAAAAACUACACUAUUGAAUUACCAAAACCAAUUGAUGAUUUAAUCAAAGAUCAAUUCAAUGCUGUUGAUUAUUUAUACUCUCAAAAAUUAUUGACACCAGAAGAAUUUGCUAUUACGGAUUUAACAGCCACUGAAUUAGCCAAAAAAAUUGCUGCUGGUGAAUUGAGUUCAGUCGAAGUAUUCAAAGCGUUUGCCCACCGUGCAACAUUGGCACAUCAAUUCACUAAUUGUGCUAUGGAACUUUUCAUUGAUGAAGGGUUAAAGCAAGCAGAAGAAAGAGACAAUUAUUUCAAAGAACAUGGGAAAACUGUUGGUCCUUUACAUGGGAUUCCAAUUUCUUUGAAAGAACAAAUGAAUUAUAAAGAUAAAAUCACUCAUGGUGGAUAUGUUUCUAAAAUUGUCAACAUUCCAAACUCUCAUGGUGUAACAACAUCAAUAUUGGAAAAAUUAGGUGCAGUUUUUUAUGUCAGAACUUCUCAACCACAGACUUUAAUGCAUCUUGAUUCUGCUAAUAAUUUCACUGGCCUUACUAAAAACCCUUUCAAUUUGUUGUUAUCAAGUGGUGGUUCUUCCUCUGGAGAAGGUGCUAUUGUAGGGUAUGGUGGUUCUGCAAUUGGGGUUGGAAGUGACAUUGGUGGUUCAAUUAGAGCUCCCGCUGCUUAUUCUGGAUGUCAUGGGUUACGUCCAACAACCAAACGUAUCUCAGUCAAAGGUGGCGUUAGUAGUGGAGCUGGUCAAGAAUCAGUACCAGCCGUUGCUGGACCAAUGGCAAGAAGUAUAGAUGAUUUGGAAUUGUGGAUGAAAGCUUAUAUCAAUGAAGGUAAGCCAUGGGAAUCUGAUUCAACUUCUUUGCCAAUGCCUUGGCGUGAUGUUUCCACUCCAAAAAUUGGUGAUUUAACAGUUGCCAUUAUUAGAGAUGAUGGAUUGGUAAGAGUCUCACCUCCAAUUAGACGUGCAUUGAAUACUGUUGUUGAAAAAUUAAAGGGUGCCGGUGCAAAGAUAAUUGAAUUUGAUCCACCAAACACCAAGUUAGCAUAUGAAACCGUUCAUAAAAUGUACAAUUGUGAUGGGAACCACAUGCAACGUAAACUUUUGUCAGGUUCUAAUGAACCUUUGACCAAAUUGACCAAAUGGAAUUUGAAUUAUGGUGAAGGUGCUAAACAUUAUGAUGUGGCUUCAAACCGUGAGUUGAAUGUCACAAGAGAUCAGUUGAGGGAUCAAUACAAUGAUUUUAUGGUUCAAAAUAAAGUUGACUUUAUUUUGAGUCCAACCUAUAACAAUGUUGCUCCUCACAGUGAAGAGGUUUACAAUUGGUCCUACACUUCUUUGUGGAACAUUUUAGAUUUCCCAACCUUAUCCUUCCAAACUGGUAUUUUCCAAGAUCCAACAAAAGAUAAAUGGACAGAAGAAGACACAAAGUAUAAAUAUCGAUCCAAGUUAGAACAAUUGGAAAAUGAAAACUACGAUCCUUCUCAGUUUGUAGGAGCUCCAGUUGGUUUGCAAUUGUCUGGGAAGAGAUACUUUGAUGAAGAAGUUUUGGCUGCUGGUAAGGCCAUAGUUGAUCUUUUAGGUGUUGAUUUGUAUAAACAUUAA